UCUUGUAACAAAAUGUAGUGAAGGAUUUCCUCUUGAAGCAAGACGUUAGGCACUUCCUCUGGCAGUGCCACUGUGAUGCAGAACUGUACACAAGGAAGAUGCUUUUGCACAGGACACAUAGAGCAGCCUCCAGCAAUGCCCCUUCCCUGGGCCUGAGGACAGCCAUGGAGCUGAGAGUCCUCCUGCUGCUGCUGCUCUGCUUCCCAGGUCUCCAAGCCCAAACACCUGAUUCUGAGGAGAGGCGAUGGGAGGGAAGCACUCUGUAUAUCCGAUGUCCUUACACAGCAGGGGCUAACUACCAGCAGAAGAAAGUCUGGUGCCGUAUGAGAGAUGACAUAUGUGAGCCCUUAGUGGAGACGAAUCACCCGUACCAAAAGGAGGUCACAAAGGGGAAGGUUAGAAUAGAGGACAACCCCACGCACAAGACUGUGUCCAUCACCAUGACUAACCUCCAGGCAGAGGACUCAGGCAUAUACUCCUGUGCUUCUCGUUCCCGCAGUCACAAUUACCUUCCACUAAAGACGAUCUCACUGAGUGUUUUCAAGGAGUUGCACAGGUGGGAAUUGGACAGUCUCUCUCUGCAGUGCUCCUACAGGACCUUUGGGUACAGCUUGGGGACAACAGUUUGGUGUCGUAAGGAAGGUCAGACUGGCUGUAAAGACCUGGUGAGGACAGAUUCAACAGAGCAUAACAGCAGAGCUCUGCAAGACAGAAUAUUGAUCCAGGAUGACACCCGCAAAAGGUCUGUCACCAUCACCAUGAAGAAGCUGCAGGCCCAGGACACUGGUGUGUACUGGUGUGCAUUUGCCAGAGGCACUCAUCUCACCCGGAUAAUGGAGGUCAUGCUCCUUGUGUCCAAGAGGACCCAACAAUACACAGCCAUGGAGUCAGGCAAUAUCUCUGUCCAGUGCCUGUACAGUGCCCCAGUCUACCGGGCUGUGAGCAAAGCCUGGUGCAAAGAGGGAGCGAGGACAGCAUGUAUCGUACUGGUGAACAGCUACGUUAAGCCCACAGGGUACCGCAGAUUACUCCAGAAAGGCAGAGUCACGAUCCAGGACGACAGCCAGCAGGGGAUUGUCACCAUUACCAUGGAGAAGCUGCAGGCACAGGACUCCGGCAUGUACUGGUGUGCACUUUAUGAACCCAACGGUCUUUUCCGAAUGGCAGAGGUUACGCUCAGUAUUUCUGAGGUAUUGGCUGGAACAACUUUGUCAGGUACUGCAGGCAGAAGUGAAACAACCCCUUCUGUCAACACCCCAGCAUCAAGCACAAAUGAAAACACCUUCAUUGUACUCUCUGGGAUCCUGAGCAUCCUGUUCAUCCUGGCAGUCAUCAGCUUGAUAAUACUGUGCAUCAGGCGGCGCAAGCAGCUGAAGAAAAGAGGUAACAGGCAAGCAGAGGACACCUAUGACAAACAAGAGGACACAGCACAGCCUGACAGCACGGAAAGAAUGGAAAGUCCCAAGGAUGACAGCAAAGACCUAAAAUAUGUUGCUAUGAACUUUAGAUCCCGACUCAACCCUGGGGAUCCUCUCUACUGUAAUGUUGAACCAAGUCAGGCUCACAGGAAACCCAAAGAUGAAAAUGUGGAAUAUGCUACCAUUGCGUUCAAGUAGUUACCAAUGAAUGACAAAGGAUGAAGCACAAAAUCCCCAAACAAUCCAGAAAUGGGAGAAAAGAACUGGAAGACAAAGUGGGAAUAGGGAAUAGAAGCUGUGUGGAUGGACACUGGGGAAAGAUCUAAGUCUUUGCUGCUUUGUCUAUGUUGCCUAUGCAUUUUAAGACCACCCUCCUAUUAGAAGCCAGUAGAGAAUUUUGCCACAAGUGUGCAGAUUCUCUCAGGUCAGACAGAGGUGUUGCGUAAUUCUCAGGAUGCCUUGCACAUUUGCUUUCUUCGAUUCCAUUAAAAUGAAGACAUUUGGA